CAACUUCUUCUUGAGACUUGUGACCUAACACGGUUAGACAGCGGGCAUUUAUUUCUCGGACAUUUUACGUCGACCCCCACUGACAUUUUGGAUCGACAACACAGAAAGGUGGUGCAGUUUGGUCGGCAAGGCCGUGACAGCGAUAUGGUAAACAAACUUUUCUAAGUUUGCCAAACACCGUAACAGCAGACUAUCCGAUUCGUUCCAGCAGCUUAACAACUCUUCAUAUAUUUAUGAUCGUUACCCACCCGUGAAUAUAGCGGGUUUUCACAAAACCAUGCCUACGGCAACAAGUACUUCGGUAAAGAGCUCAGCUGAUUCGUCCGUUAUGGUUAAAAUACAAAAAUCUAAAUGCAUUGAUUCAAAGCAGCCUUCCAGAUCGUCUUCCAGAAGAAGCAGCACUAACAGUAGUGUUGGUAGCAGUAGUAUUAAUGGUAGCAAUGCAAAUAGUCAGAAAAGUGAAACUAAUAAAUCUGCAGAUGCUUCAAAGCCAUGUAAUGCACCAUGUCAUGAGAAGCUAAUCACAAAGAGAACAUCAACACAGCCAAACAAAUUAAGAAACAAAUCUAGUACAACCUCUAACAAGACACGGCGAAGAAAACGAUUUCUGGAUGGUGAGCAAGAUUGUGACAAGAGUAGCUGUAUUUCAGCCCAGUACAAUACAUAUUUUCUGUGGUACACGCCAUACAGGCAACCAUUUCGCCGUGUGAAUGACUGUCCUAGGGCAUUCAAUGAUAGUUAUCAGCUACAGCAUCCUGACCUAACAGAGGGUCAGAAACAUUAUCUAUGGCACACUGCAUCCAUCUAUAGUAUGAAAAAUAUGAAAAAAUUACAACAGAAGAAUUAUGAAAGAGUGUUACUGAAACAACAAGACUUGG